GGAUUAAUGAAUUUUUCCUAUAAACAUUCCCACGUUUCAAAAUAUAGCUAAAGGGUUAGGGUUUCACAGGAUACCGUAAGAUGGCGAACCGGACGGACCCAACGGCGAAGAACAUACACGGCACAAAUCCGCAGAAUCUCGUGGAGAAAAUUGUGCGAUCCAAGAUUUAUCAAAACACCUACUGGAAAGAGCAAUGCUUCGGUCUCACGGCGGAGACUUUGGUCGACAAGGCCAUGGAGCUCGAUCACCUUGGCGGGACCUUCGGUGGAAACCGUAAACCUACACCUUUCAUGUGCCUCGUCAUGAAGAUGCUCCAGAUCCAGCCUGAGAAGGACAUUGUAGUCGAGUUUAUCAAAAACGAGGAUUACAAGUACGUGCGUGCCCUCGGUGCUUUUUACUUGCGUCUUACCGGAACGGAUAUGGACAUUUAUCGCUACCUCGAGCCUCUCUACAACGAUUAUCGAAAGUUGAGGCUCAAAUCACCCGAUGGAAACUAUACUUUAAGUCACGUGGAUGAGUAUAUUGAUGAGCUGCUGACGAAAGAUUACUCUUGUGAUAUUGCCCUGCCUAGAAUUAAGAAAAGAUGGACCCUUGAAUCUCUUGGUCAACUGGAACCCCGAAGAAGUGCUUUGGAGGAUGACUUUGAAGAGGAGGAAGAGAAGGAUGAGGAUGAACAGCUUACUAUUGGCACAAAUGUUGGGCAUGAUAAGGAUUAUUAUCAUGGGCACAGUCCAACUAGGGAAAAAGAUAGAGACAGGAGACGAGAUAGGGACAGUUACAGACACAGGGACCGUGAUUAUGGUAGAGAAUAUGACAGGGAGCGUGAAUUUGAUAGUGACAGGGGAAGAGGACGUGACAGGGACAGGGAGCAUCAUCGGUUGCGAGAUGACAAAGACUAUGACAGAGGAAGGGGUAGUAGACGUGAUCGUGGCCAUAGAAGGAGCCGAAGCCGGGACCGGAAAGAUCGUGACGAUGAACGGCGAAAGAGGCAUGACCGCAGCAGUGUGAGCCCCUCCACUAGGGAUGAACCCAAGAAAAAGAAAGAGAAGAAAGAGGAUGGAACCGACCAUCCUGACCCUGAGAUUGCCGAAGCAAAUAGACUGAGGGCAUCCCUUGGAUUGAAACCUUUGAAGUAGCAGCCAGCAAGUGACAAAGAAAAUAGAUCUUGUGUGUGUCAAACUUGGGCAUACAUUCACAAUUUCACAUUGACUGAUUCUUCAUGGUACUAGAAUAAAUUUGGGGAGGAGAGGGAGGGAAGAUUUUCAAGGUUAGCCUCUUGUUUUUGUUUGAGAAUUAUAAAUUUGAAAAGAGAUGGGUUACGAUAAUUAUAAUUAAAAUCGUUGAAGAUAUACAUCGAAUUCAAAUAGUUAAACUUGUAUUCAUUUCAAAUUGAACUAAAAUUAUCAUUUAGUUAGUUAUUCUUCAAAAACUUUCAAAUUAGAGAAAUUAAAAAUUGAACAUUAGAGGGUUUUGGAGGGUUAAAAAAGCCCUCCAAAACCUUCCCUUCUAAUUUUUUUAGAUUCCCAAACAAAAAUUGAAGGACCAUGAACCCUCCAUCUCCAACCUUCUAUUUUCCUUCCCUCCAAAACCUCACUCCCAAACAUUUCCUUUGUGCUU